AUGACAAACAUUCCUGUUAACCCUCAAAUUCCAAUCAUCGAUUUUUCCCUGUACGACUCAAACCAACAAGAAUGUAUCGAACAAAUCAAAUCUGCUUGUGAAAAUGUGGGAUUUUUCUAUUUACGAAAUCAUGGGUUCAGUCAAGAAUCCAUUGAUGAGAUUUUUGACUGUGUAGGCAUUUUUCAAUGGACUCCUGGUAGAAGUGAAUGUUUUGCAGAUGGAGUGGAUUAUAAAAAUUCAACAAUUAAACAAUUUUUCGAUCAAUCAAUGGAAGAAAAAAUCAAGUACAAUAUCAAUGAACAUUAUUAUGGUUACAUAAGCAUGCGUCAAGAAAAACUUGAUUACAAGAAUCAAAUAAUGGGUGAUUCGAAGGAAUCAUUUAAUUUCUGCAAAUUCGACGAACAGGAUAACCCAUUGACUCUGACGUUGCCUCCGAUAUUUAAGGAGAAGAAAGCGUUGAUUUCUAGAAUUUCAAAGGAUUGCCAUAAGUUAUGCCUGAAGCUAUUGGAAUUUUUGGCUACUGCAUUGGAGAUUACUGAAUCGGAGGGAGGAAAACAUUGGUUCGAGGAGAGGCAUAAUUAUGGGUUAAAGUCUGGUGACUGUUUGCGAAUUAUUCAUUAUCCGACAGUGGAGAAAAUUGCUGAAAAGGAUAUUCGAGCCGGCAUGCACUCGGAUUAUGGAUCUCUAACUGUACUUUUCCAAAAGGAUAUUGGUGGACUUGAAGUGUUACCACCAAACUCUACUGAAUGGAUCCCAGCGCCCGUAAUUCCUGAUUGUGUAUUGAUUAACAUAGGCGACUGUUUGGAAUUUUGGACACGAGGUUUAUACAAAUCAAUCAAACAUCGUGUUGUAUUCAAUGAAAAUAAUAUGAAUUUUGACAGAUAUAGUAUUGCAUAUUUCUUUCACGCUGGUCGAGAUGUGAGCUUGGACCCGAUUCCGUCAAAGUUUGUGCCUAAUGAUGGCAUUGAAAAAAUAGGCAACGGGGAAAAGUCAUUGACGGCUGGACAAUAUUUGCAGAAUAAGUUGGAUGUUUCUUAUAAGGAUGUGAUUUUCUAA